CCACCCACUCCUGGAGGCUCCACCCAUAUCCAGAGGCUCCGCCCACUCCUGGAGGCUCCACCCACCACCCACUGAGCUCAUCUGGAGGCUCCUCCCACCCUUGGCGGCUCCGCCCACAUCUGGAGGCUCCACCCCUCUACCCUGAACUCUCCUGGAGGCUCCGCCCACCCCUGAUCUCACCUCGAGGCUCCGCCCACCCCUGGAGUUCCCCUGGUGGUGCUGCCAUGUCCUGCCCGGCCACGCCCAAUGACGUCAUCGCUUCCGCUGGUGACGUCACUGCCCACCUGGGGCCUUCCCGUGAUGCACCUGGUGACGUCAUCGCCCCCUCAAGCCCCGCCCACAGCUCACCUGGCGACGCCGCCGCCGCUCACCUGGAGCCUUCCCAUGAUGCACCUGGAGGAGCCCCCAACCUCCCUGGCCACGCCCCUGGCUCACCUGGUGACGUCACCGACCCCUCAAGCUCCGCCCACAACUCACCUGGAGCCGAUCCUGGCUCACCUGGUGACGUCACCGACCCCUCCAACCCCUCCCACCGCUCACCUGGUGAUGUCACCGCCCCCUCUGACCCCUCCCACCGCUCACCUGGUGAUGUCACCGACCCCUCCAACCCCUCCCACCGCUCACCUGGUGACGUCACCGUCCCCUUGACCACACCUGGAGCCAA